CAAAAAUCAUCCUGUCAUCUCGCAAAAAACUCCCUGUCGUCGAUUUUGCAAGCUGCCCCAAGCCAGAGCAACGCAUUUUUGCACCAAGAUUGCAGCCCUGCGGUCAACUGACCUGCUGAAGAAGGAAGGCUAUCCGGCCGUCCCUCGAACGCGGCUGCCCGCAUCCCAUGCAUGCGUGUCGCAUGGGCAGCACAACUUGCAAGCUGGCCCUCGUGGCAGCACUGAUCGGAGGCACCGUAGCGGAGAACCGGACGACGACGCUGCGCGACCUGCCCGCCGGGACGCGCGGCCGCUGGGAGUACAAGGACGGCGACUUCGUCUUCUACAACAAGAGGGAGCUGGUCCUGCGCCUGCGCGCGCCGACGGUGAAAAAAACAAAGCGGUCGCACGACCACCACGGAACCUUCGACGCGUCGUGUCUCGUGCGGGCGGAUCCGAGGACCGUGCUCGCGGGAAUGCGAGGCGGCUGGGGCGUACUCGAGACCGGCAAGCCGUCCGUGGAGUGCGAACAUAAAUCCAAGACGCAGCUCUGCCGGGACCGGGCGGCGGAGAAGCGGCAAAAUGGGGAAUGGGUGCCCCUGGCCAUCAUGACCGUCGCGACGUCGGAGGCGGCGCGGCGGCGGCUGCUCGACAAGGCGCGUCGCUCCUGGCGGCUCUGGCAGGCGAUCGGCCGGCGACGUGACAAGCGCAAGCAGCCGGCUCAGCGCCGCGCCAAGCGCAAGCCUCCGGUACUGAAUCCGGCCCCGCCGGCUCCGACGAGUCCCGUCGCGCAGCGGCCACCGGAAUGCAAAAAGCAUCCCCGGCGGAAGGGCUGCCGGGACCCGCCACCGCCGGCGCCCGAGCAGGCGGAUCCGGGCCUCCCGUGGGUGCAGCGACGGGGAGGCCCUGCAAAAAAAUUAGGCCGGGUGGCCGGGUACUUCAAGCGCGAGGCGAUGCUGUUUAAGGCUAUGGACCGCGCCAUCGCGGCGGCGGCGCCGGGCGCGACGCCGAAUGUGCUAGACAUAGGCGCGAACCACGGCAUCUUCGCGAUCUUCGCGGCGCUCCGGGGCGCGCGCGUCGCGGCGGUCGAGGCCCAGGCGGCGCUCGCGAGCCUCGUCAAGGUGUCGGCUCUGGCGAACGGCGUCGACGUGGAGGUCUACCACAACGCCGUGCUCGACGUGCCCGCGGUGGUGGAGAUCUGUGUGGAAAUCAACCAGUGUGUCGGGUGCACGAUAAUUCUUCACUAAGUCAUCUCUCGGCGAUGACGCGGCCGUCCUGGCUCGGUCGAGGGGUAAGGAACCGGCAUCGCCACGCCAUCGAGCAGGCGUCGCGUCGAUGGCGUGGAGGGCGACGCGACGAUUCUGCACGAACGCGCCGUAAAAUUUUGAUUUCCACACAGGUGGAGAUCGCGGAACUGGGCGCGGCGAACGACUUCAACGAGGGCGGCACGGCCUCCCUGGGCGCGGCGCGAAUGGCCUCCGAGGGCGGCGAAGAAGUGAUGAUGGCGCAGGUCCGCACGGCGAGCGUCGACCUCGUCGCCAGCGAGGUCUUCGGCGCGGACGCGACGAUCGACUUCCUGAAGAUCGACGUCGAGGGCGUGGAGAUCCCCGCCCUCCGGUCGUCGCUCGAGCUACUGGGCAGAGGAGGCGUCCGCGAUGCGUCCGUCGAGUUCGGCCCCGCGAAGCGCUGGGCCGAGUCGGAGCAGCACGGCGUCGCGGGCGCCAACCCGGCGGCCGCGGUCGACGUCCUACACAAGAUCGACGCCGCGGGCUACGACGCGUACCUCACGUGGGGGCGGUUCUGCGUGCCGCCGCUGAACGCGACGGGUGAGCUCGCGGACGAAGCGUUCGCGCGCGAGUGCCAGCUCGAACUCGUGAAGAGCGGCUUGCCCCACCCGUGCAGGAAGGAAGUAGCAAGACUUGUAGCAAGAGGUUCUGUAUGAAUAAGCUUUUCGUUUGUGUUUUCUUAGAAGGCGCUUCCCGUUCUACCAUAAACGGCACGGGGCAACAACCGUGUGUUCUAAGUGUUUAGACGCCGAAAA